UACAACGACAGCGGAAUCGAAUCGGCAAAUUGAGAAGGAGAGUGCACUACAUAAAGAUUAAAGUUACACGGAGUCACCAACCUUAGUCUUCUCUUCAAGAGUAUUUAAUUUCAAUUCAGAUUUUUGAUAAAUUAAGAACAACUUGUCUGAUUAAAUAUUAACUGUUUCACUGUCAGUACUGCUAUGGCCUUAAAAUUGUUGUCUACGUCAAAAUGUUUCGCCGGCGAACAAAGAAUUUAUUCUCAUUUCUCCGAAGUACUUAAAUGUGAAAUGAAAUUUGGUGUCUUUUUACCACCUCAAGCAGUCGAAGACCAAAUUGCCUGUCCUGUAUUGUAUUUCCUCAGUGGCCUAACAUGUACUCAUGAAAACUUUAUUCACAAAUCUGGUGUACAAAAGUAUGCAGCUGAGAAGGGAUUAUGUAUUGUGAAUCCAGACACAUCCCCGAGAGACGUUAAGGUACCUGGGGAAGAUGACAGCUAUGACUUUGGAUCUGGUGCUGGCUUCUAUGUGGAUGCUACUGAAGAACCAUGGUCAAAGAACUAUCAAAUGUUCAGUUAUAUUAACAAGGAACUCAUAGAAUUGAUCAAUGCCAAUCUGCCAGUGACUAAAAAGCAGUCAAUCACUGGCCAUAGCAUGGGUGGCCAUGGGGCACUUAUAUCUGCACUAAAAAACCCCGGUCUCUACCAAUCGGUGUCAGCAUUUGCACCAAUUUGUAAUCCAUGCGAAUGCUCUUGGGGUCAAAAAGCUUUCAAAGGUUAUAUGGGCGAUGAUAAGGAAGAAUGGAAGAAUUGGGAUGCCACUGAAUUGGCUUCAAAGUAUGCAGCCACUCCCGUUGAGAUAAUGAUUGAUCAAGGGACAGAAGAUAAUUUCUUAAAGAGCAAGCAACUUUUGCCGGGCAAUUUUCUUGCAGCUGCAGCUGGUAAUGAUCAUCUACAAACAGUUUAUAAACUAAGAGAAGGCUAUGAUCACAGCUAUUAUUACAUUGCUUCAUUUGUUGGUGAGCAUGUGAAUUAUCAUGCAAAAUUUUUAAAUAAUAACUGAUAAAGAGUCAUCAGAUAAAAAUAAUUAUUUACUCAUCAAUAAAAAUAAUAAAUUGUUAUCGUAAACAGUUUGUAAUUGUAAUUGUACUUGUAACUGUUAAUCAAUUAAUACUUGUUCUUGAAUAAAAAAAUCAUUUUACGUAGUUUUA